ACCUGGUUCUUAUCAGAAUGAUAAAAAUAAGGAUAUCCUUCUCUUUCGCUACGAGCAGAUUGAUAGCAGCUAAGGUGGAGAACACAAGCAUAAGAAGUCUGAUCGGUGAGGAUAGUACACUGCUUAAGAGGAUUUUGGCAUUGUAAAUAGUCAUACCAAAUUUGAGUUCUUCCUUAAGAUAGCAACUGAGAAAACAAGUGCUAGAAAAAUCAUGCCUGUUUUAGUGCUAACAAGGGCCCUCUUGUUAGUUGGUGAUUCUUUAUCUUUGAGGAAUGUUUCACAGUUUACAAGGAUAGCUCCAUUUCGAGACAAGGUCCGCUUUUUAAGUGACAGUGCAUCCCUCACUCUAGCUAGCCUUGGAUUGAAGAAUGAAGUUAAGACAGUAAGUGCAAAUGAGACAAAUAAGCUCCAGCAGGGUGUUUCAACAAUUGAGGUCCCCAAGAGCAGAGUGAAGAAAAAAGUUAGUGGCAAUAAAACAGGAUUGAUUAAGGAGAGAAACCCCAUAGAUAUAAAGACUGCACCAUUUGCUGCAGAAUCAUUUUCAGAGCUUGGCCUUCCACCUUUGUUGGUCGAAAGGCUAGAGAAGGAAGGCUUUACGGUUCCAACUGAUGUUCAGGCUGCUGCAGUUCCAACUGUUCUUAAAAAUCACGAUGUUGUGAUUCAGUCGUACACAGGUUCAGGAAAAACACUAGCUUAUGUCCUUCCCAUACUGUCUCAAGUUGGUCCAUUGAGUGGGGAGAUCUCAAAUGGCUCUGAAGCUGGGAACAAAGUGGGCAUCGAAGCAGUAAUAGUAGCUCCUUCAAGGGAACUUGGCAUGCAGAUUGUCAGGGAAGUAGAAAAGCUAUUAGGACCAGCGGACAAGAAACUAGUCCAGCAGCUUGUAGGGGGUGCAAACCGAUCGAGACAGGAGGAAGCUCUGAGGAAGAAUAAGCCUUCCAUCGUAGUGGGGACACCUGGACGGAUAGCCGAGAUUAGUGCAGCUGGAAAGCUUCCUACCCAUGGUUGUCGUUACUUGGUUUUGGAUGAAGUUGAUCAGCUCCUUGCUGUCAAUUUCCGGGAGGACAUGCAGCGGAUAUUAGACCAUGUGGGGAGAAGACCUGGUGCACGCGGGGGAGAGUCAAAUAGUCCACUUGUCAAGCGAUCUGCGCGUCAGACUAUCAUGGUGUCUGCAACAGUGCCUUUUUCAGUUAUAAGAGCAGCAAGAAGCUGGGGUUGCGAUCCACUUCUCGUUCAAGCCAAUAAAGUCGUCCCGCUUGAGUCUGUCUCUCCUUCUGGACCUGUUAAUAUCUCAGGAACACCACCUACUGCUAGUUCAAGCUCAAAUGUACAAGGUAUGCCUAGUGUUCAGAGCUUACCCCCUAAUUUGCAGCAUUAUUACACUAUUACUAGGAUACAGCACAAAGUUGAUAUGUUGAGAAGGUGUGUGCAUGCUCUGGAUGCCAAGUGUGUGAUAGCUUUUAUGAACCACACAAAACAACUAAAAGAUGCUGUCUUCAAACUAGAAGCUCGUGGUAUGAAAGCUGCAGAGUUACAUGGUGAUCUCAGCAAACUUGUAAGAUCAACUAUCUUAAAGAAGUUCAGAAAUGGGGAGGUCAGGGUGCUGCUAACAAAUGAGCUUUCAGCUAGAGGCUUGGAUUUACCUGAAUGUGAUCUUGUAGUUAAUUUGGGGUUACCUACUGACUCAGUUCAUUAUGCACAUCGAGCUGGCCGUACAGGUAGGCUUGGCCGCAAGGGCACGGUAGUGACCAUAUGUGAGGAGCCAGAAGUCUUUGUAGUGAAAAAACUGCAGAAGCAGCUUUCCCUCUCCAUUCAGGCUUGUGAAUUUUCUGACGGAAAUCUUGUCAUUACAGAAGAUUAAUCUACAUAGCACAUGCUUCUUUCAAAUUCUUACAAGUCAAAUCACUAAAGACAACUGGAUUUUGUUUACUAAUGGUGGGAGCUGGAAAUGUUGUUGCCUGCCACUACAUGUCAAUUCAGAUGAUAUUUUGGCUUCUAAAGAAUGUGCCGAGGCAGUCUACAUUGGAUCUGAUGGUAUUGUGAAGGAGUUGCUUCAACCUCUACUUAUUUAGAAUCAUAUAUGUAAGUCAUCUGAGACAAUUGUUAUUUCUAGAUAUGCCGGAUAUUAGUAAAUAGAUGCUGAAAAAUACUAUGUGAUUUAUUGUUCCUAAUGUUGCAAUGGCAACAACAGUAGGUUUUUAGCUGAACCUACUUCUUUGUUCAUCAAGGUUGUCUGUUUUGGGUAUAUGAAUGGCUAGUGUUUUAUAGUAUUGAUAAUAAUUUCGUUCCCGAUGAAGAAAAGGGAAUAUAGUCCUGUU